UGGAUGGGCUGGGUGAUGAAAUGAUAAGAGUCUCUCAUCAUCGGCUGUGUGUAUAAAACUCCAGCAGCCUCUCCACUCCACAGAGCUGCAUCUCAGUCAUGGCUGUGGGUAAACUGUUCGCUCUGCUGGUUCUGCUCCAGUGCUCUGCAGCUUUGAUGGGAGCUGGAGUGAGGAGCUCCAUCAUCGGUGGGAAGGACGCCCCAAAAGGCAGGUGGCCUGGUUUGGUUUACCUUGACAUCAGAACAGACAGUGGGCAGAGAAAGUGGAACUGCAGUGGUACAAUUCUCAAUGAGAAGUGGGUCAUGACUGCUGGGCGCUGCUGGAAGGAUGAACUUAGGUCCAGGUGGGAUCGAACAGGGGUGUGGUUCGGCACAUAUGAGCUGGACAAGAAAUCUGAACUUAUAACAUAAAAUUACAUGAUAAACUGUGCCAUGGUUGAUCGCUUUUCUACCUCAACAAGUUAAUACAAUGUCUUUCUCAAUGACAUCGCGCUGGUAAGGUUAGAAGGAACUUUAAAAUUCUCUAAGACUGUUGCUCCAGUGAACUUACCCACAGACGAUGACGUCUUCGAUUCUUCCUCUGAGUGUUGGAUCGCAGGCUGGUGGAGACAAGUCAGUGUCUGGGGUGAGAAAUCAAACACUCAGCAGGAGAUGAAGGUUCGAAUUGUGGGUCCGUCUAGAUGUGCUACUGCGUUUCCACACCUGAGUGACAACAUGCUGUGUGUAGGAAGUCCUGCUGGAGGAAAAUAUUGCUGCAACCAUCCACCAGGAGACUAUGGCAGUCCGCUCAUGUGCCGAACAGCCAGAGGCUUUGUGCAGGUGGGAAUCAUGAGCUUCCACAGUCCGGAUGAUUGUUGCACCCCAGACCACUUUGGAAUCUACACUCAAGUCUCCAGUUAUAUGGACUACAUCAAGUCAAGAAUUAUUAAUUUCUAGAAGCCAAAGAGACCUGAAGACUCUCUGCCUUCAUCAGCUUGUCUCCUUAUUUCAGUGUAUUCACUCUUCCUCACCCAGAGAUGCAUCUCAGUAAAUUAAGUAAUAAGAUUUAGUUUUAGUAUUUCUAUUCAAAAUGUGGAAUUACUGUAAUGCAAGGCUACUGAUAGGACAGCGGGUCAUCUGAAAGUCACUGACACCCUCCAUAAGGCUAAGAAAAAAAAAAAAGAGAGAGAGACCGUCCACAAAAACUUUUUAAAAACAAUUUAGAAAAAGUGUGGUAGAAAAAGGUGAGGCAGCAACAGAAAUAACGACAAGUACAAGUGGCAUCUCUGGUUUGGGAAUGAGUUGGGUUUGUCUGUGUAUUGUAGCUCUGGAUGUGCUGACUCCAACCUCCUUCUGAAGUUCCACCAAAAUCUGGAACAGAUUUUGCUUGACAAUUCUAAAAUAUGUUUCUAAUAUCAGAGGGAAAUUAAAUGUUGUAACUUAUAACAUAAAAUCCUUUCAAGGCCCUGAUAAACUUUGUUGCCAGGACUUUUUUCCUACACGCUUUUUCCAUCCACUCAACUUUCUAUGAAUAUGCUUGGAUUACAUCAAUACAUUAAGAAUGCUUCUCCCCUUAAAAUGCACUUUUUGUUUGAUUAAAAUUUUAUGAAACACUGAAUUUAUUUCAGAAAAAUUACAAUAAAGAAGUAAAUAAUUCACUCCAUGAAUUACAUAAUGCGUUUCACUUUCUGGGAGGAGGGAAAAGCCCCCAAUGAAAAUCAAAAACCAUUUUUUUUUUUUUUAUCUGCGUAUUACCAAAAAAGGAAUAAGAUUAAAAAAACAUGAAAUGAUGUAAAUUCCAUCAGCAAAUUUCACUUUACAAGACAAAUGUAAGAGUGUGUCUAAAAUUAAUAUUACAUGUAGCAACUGCAACUUUAAACUUUAUAUUUUUGAAAUACAAAUUGUACUGCAUGAACUGUAUUGCAACUAUUAGCAAUGGCAAGAUGAUUACCAUGAUGAUACAUCUGUUGUGAAUAAAUAUUAUAUCGGAUUAUAUCGUGGUCUGA